AUGAUCGAUGAAAACUUGCCCGCGUUCUUCGUGAAGAAUAACUCCAAGCAGUCUCAGAUUAGCACGGUAUACCAUCGCCAGCAUGGCAACGACCCAGAGCCUGCAUACUCCCUACGAGCCCUUGAUCCUGCUCUGCCGACAUCCAAGAACCGCUACGGUGUCGCUUUAUACGAUCCCUACGUCACCGAUGUUGUCUACGGCGAGGUCGCCGUAAUUCCCGAAUGGACACAACCCAGUCUCUCGGCAGAUACGAUUCGUGCAAACGGCGGCGUACCUCCUCCUCCAGAACCCAUACUCCCGACCACUUUCACGAUUCAGCUCUACAACCCAGACCAGGAAAUCACAGUGAAAUACCAGGCGAAAACGUGGAACCGCCCCGCACGAUGGGAAUUCGAAAUGCCCCAAAACACAUUCCGGGUCCCAUCUGGUUCGUCGCUGGAUCAGAUGCAGAGUGAUCCCGCAACAGCGGACGUGACUGAGAAGCUGCGGUUCAGCUGGCGUAAGGAUGGCAAGCUCUCCAAGGACCUGACCUGCCUGCUGCAUGGAAAGACUUCGACCAUUCCCGAUUCACGUACAAAGAGCCGCGAACCGGAUAUCACAGUUGCCCUGUUCCAGGGUCUUAAAGAACUGACUUUAUACGAACCGAACCUAUAUCGAGUGGAGAUGGAGGACUUCAAAGGAUUAGAGGUCGUGCUCCUCUUAGCGACUGUUGCUAUAAAAGACAUCUUCUUUGGUCCUGCAAAGGAAGCUUUCCACAUCACCCCUGCUGAACCAAACCAAAUCGCCCGCAAGCCAGCCGCUGCGGCGAUCCCAGUCAGCAACACGCAGCCGGUACAAAGGAGUCAAGCGGCCACGCCCGGUCCUUCUGGAGGGAGCAGACCAUCUCCUCCUCGUCUCAGCAUUCCAAACUCGAAAUCUCCAGCGCCGCAGGAUCGGCGCCGACAAGACGACCUCGCGCGACAGGAAGAACAGCGACGAGCGCAGGAAGUCGCCGUAGCCCAACGACGUCGGGACGCAGAGGUCGAUAAAGAGACCAAGCGCCUUCAACAGAUCUACGGCAGAGAAGAAGAAGCAGCCCGCAGACAACGGACACCCGCACCCUCAGCCCGACCUCACUUCCCACCCCGACACACCACUCCCAACCAACCCUAUGCCCACCAAUACUCCCAAUCCUCCGUUCAACUCUCCCAUCCACCCCAUCCACCCCGUAACCCCCGCCCUCAUUCCCACUACCCACCCCAAGGCGCACCCGUCCCCUCACAUUCCAACAAGCCUUACCUCCACGCACCAGGUCGCAUGGACCCCCGCGCUCAAUCGUCCACACACCUGAUGCAGUCACGCCCACCACCCGGCCCCCAGCCGCGCCCCGUGUCGACGGUUGGUUUCUAUGCCCAGCCUACUAGCAGUGGUGCCCUUCCCGUCUCCAGACCGGCACCGAAAAUUCAGCAGAAAAAGAGUAGUUUCUUCGGCUUUAAGCGCAAGGAGGAAACUGCUACUACCAAGUUGGAGAAAAAGCGGAGUUCUAUGUUUUGA